AUGGCUCAGGCCCUAUCUCCUGAACGUUCAACCAGAUCACAUUUUGAUCCUUUACCAAACCGGAACUCAACACAACGUCAACGACGUCUUCGUACUUUACAGAAAGUAGACUCAGCUCUAGAAUUUAUCAAUCAACAGUUGUCAAGAACUCCUUUUCACCAGUCAUCUCAUGGUAGACAUUCUUCCCAUUCAACUUCAAGCUCUAAAAUUGCCAAACAAAAGGCCAAGGUUGAAACAGCUCUUGCAUCUCUAGAUUAUGCUGAAAAGGAACUUGAAUUGGAAAAACAACAAGCAGAACUGGCAGAAUUAAACACUCAAGCAGUCUUAGAGCGAAGAACAAAGAAUCUCCAGUCAGAUUUAACCCUCUUAAAUAAAAAGAAAGAAGCAGCCAUAGCCAAGGCCGAAUUAGACGUCCUAUAUGAAUCAAGCUCCUCCACUAAGUCACACAGAACCAAAUUAGACAGAAAAAAAGAGGAUUAUAUUAUCAUCUCACCCACUGUUGGUUCUAAAUCCCAAUUGAAUGAUGGUGGUAGAAUUACCUUCGAAAUAAAUUCAUUAUCGAAUUGGUUGCUUCUUUCCGAUGCUUAUUUCCGAUGCGAUUUCAAAAUCAAAGACGCCACUCAGAAUCAAGUUCCACAAACUAAUACAACGUUAGAAAACAAUUUCUUUCCAUCUUUAUUUAGCGAGAUGGUUUUGGAAGCUGGUUCAAAUCCGAUAGAAACAAUCAAACAUCCUGGGGAAUUCGACACAAUGUUGAAAACAGUUUUAUAUCCUAAAGAUUUCGAUUCAGUUUCAGGCUGGAUACCCGAUGUUGGAAGUGUUUUAAAAGAACCGGUAAGAAAUCUUGCAAAUGAUGCCGAUUUAGCUCGAGUGAGAGUUGUUGCUCGAAACACAAUAGAAAGAGUAGGACGAUCAAUUAAUCAUCGAUUCGAAAAACGAGUACUUCAGUAUAAAAAUGUUGUUGAGAAUAAUAGGUGGGGUAAUUACGUAAAUUGGAAAUUAUAUCCUUUAUUCGGUCUGUUGGAACAUAGAAAAGUUUCCAUAGGUUUACCAUAUAAAAUAGCAUCAUACCCGUAA